GUGAUACUGAAAUUACCUCAGAAAUUAUUGAUCAAAAUGAUGCUGUAGUUACUAGAUCUAGCAGAGACUCGGAUGAAUCAGUUGUUAUAUCUCAAUCUGUUUUGUCAGGAAGUGAUGGUCCAUUAGAUCUAGUAGAAUAUAUCACUUUUAGAGAGGUAUUGGCUGAUCUCACUGAACAAUUGGCUGGCAAUGCUCCAGUCAUUACUCAAUUGAGCGCUCAUCUUUUUUCAGCUGGCCUUAUUCCUAAAAUGGUGCAUAUCACAGUCGGAGGUAUCAAUGGGCCUUACGAGAGAGCAAAUAAAUUGUGCUCUUCAGUAUUGACUAUAUUAGAGGGUCAUUCAACUCCAGAAAAGUUUAUCUCUACUCUUUAUAUUUCACUGAAAGAUGUAGGACUUCUUUGUAUUGCAGAUAAAUUAAAAGAGACAUUUGGUCAAAAUGGUGGUGACAUUACAGUUUUGCAGGACAGACAUUAUGUCCAUCAGCCACCAUCAGAUGAGAGCAACAAUUUCAUUUUACCAUCGACACCAAAGUCACUACAUCACACAUCUCCAAUAUUAAUAAAACUCAGUUCAAAGGAUGAAGUUGCUUGCCACAUUGAAGAACUCCAUUUCAGAUUUUCUUCUCUUGUUGUGAAAAUCAGAACAACUUUCACUCAGUUUGUAAAUGAUGGAAAACUAAAAGCUAUUGAAAUAGCAUAUCAAGCAGAAGCAUUUCUUAGCAUAACAAUUGCAAAGAGGGACAUAAACAAUAUUUUUUCUACCAUAGCACCACAUUUUGAUUUCCUUAAUGUUAGCCUUCUAAAUAGUUUAGUUAAGCAGUUUAUUCCUGGCAAUGAUGUCCAAGAUGAACUAGUCGAAUACAUGGAGUCCCUUGAUAAAUUUUCAGAAUCUUCUAAAUUAAAAGAUGUACGCGAAGCCAUUAGAAAUAAGCUGUCUUUAACAAUUCCAAUAUCAAGCACUAGUGAUCAAACCAAACCAAUUGUCAUCAAGCUCGCUCAACGUUGGGAAGAGGUGACUUUGAAGAAUCUCAAAAAAGUCCUCAAUCAUUACUUUGGAGAAACAGCAGAUCUCUUUAGUCAAAUUCGUUUUGAAUAUGGCUCACUUCUACUAAAGCUCAAAGUGCCUCCCUCUUGUUCAAAGUCUCUUGUUAAGAAAGUGAAGACUGAAAUAAAUUCAAUGAAACAUGUUGCUGUAGUUGAAGUAGCUAUAGAUGAAGAGUUAAUUCCAAUUGUUAAAGAAAGGGACUGCAAUUUUGAAAGUUUACUUUAUGAAUCGACCAAAGCUGGAAAUAGUUUUGAAUUGUCAAUGCUUUUGAAACUAGGAGCUAACCCUAACAGUAAAAAUGAAGAUGGAAAAAGUGCAUUAGAGGUGGCUACUGAA